AAAGAGAUAGAGGUGGGCAGAGGUGUGACUGAGUGGUCAGACAGAGGCAAAGGCAGACUCAGAGCCAGCUGGGCAUUUGCCAUAUCUUAUUUUUUAUUUAGGAAUUUCAAAGGAGAGGGGGGGGGGAGCUGAUAGCAGUAGUUUUUUUUUCGUGCGUAAACGGGAUAGCUUGCUCUCCAAAAUUCUUAGGAGUUCUGCUACACUUUCAGACUGAGGAGUGUAUUUGGAGGUAGUGUCCUGGGUGGAGUUUUCUUUGCCUCCGCAAGAGUCCCUGCGGUGCACGGAUUACAAUGCAAAGGAUUUUGGAGGUUUGGGUCACCUUGGUGACAGUUUCUGCGCUGACCAAGGGGGUCUUUGGAGGAUACGGGCUGAGUAUGUUUGCUGCACAGUCUUCCCCUCCAGACCCGUGCUAUGAUGAGAACGGGAACCCGCGGAGAUGCAUCCCCGAUUUCGUCAACUCCGCUUUUGGGAAGGACGUGCGCGUCUCCAGCACCUGCGGAAACCCGGCCGCCAGGUACUGCGUGGUGACCGAGAAGGGAGAGGAGAGGACGAGGGACUGUCACACGUGCGACGCCGGGGAUCCCAAGAAGUCCCAUCCACCUGCGUAUCUAACAGACCUCAACAACCCUCACAACCUCACCUGCUGGCAGUCUGAAAACUACGUGCAGUAUCCGCAGAACGUUACCCUCACCUUGUCGCUGGGUAAAAAGUUCGAGGUCACCUAUGUGAGCCUGCAGUUCUGCUCACCUAGACCCGAGUCCAUGGCCAUUUACAAGUCCAUGGACUAUGGCAAGUCAUGGGUGCCGUUCCAGUUUUAUUCCACUCAGUGCAAGAAGAUGUAUAACAGGCAGAAUAAGGCAACAAUCACCAAGCAGAACGAGCAAGAGGCCAUCUGCACGGACUCCCACACAGACAUGCACCCUCUGACAGGUGGACUCAUCGCCUUCAGCACCCUGGACGGCAGACCGUCGGCGCACGACUUCGACAACUCCCCGGUGCUGCAGGACUGGGUGACGGCCACCGACAUCAAGGUGAUCUUCAGCCGGCUUCACACGUUCGGAGACGAGAACGAGGACGACUCGGAACUGGCCCGCGACUCCUACUUUUACGCCGUGUCGGACCUGCAGGUCGGAGGACGGUGCAAGUGCAACGGGCACGCUUCAAAGUGCGUCAAGGACAGAGAGGGGAAUCUGGUGUGCGAGUGCAAACACAACACGGCGGGACCGGAGUGCGACAGGUGCAAACCUUUCCACUAUGACCGACCCUGGCAGCGCGCCACGGCGAGAGAGGCCAACGAGUGUAUCGCCUGCCACUGUAACCUGCACGCCCGUCGCUGUCGCUUCAAUAUGGAGCUGUACAAGCUGUCAGGCCGGAGGAGUGGUGGGGUCUGUCUCAACUGCCGUCACAACACAGCAGGACGCCAUUGUCACUACUGCAAGGAGGGCUACUACAGGGACAUGACCAAGUCAAUCUCUCACCGGAGGGCUUGCAAAGCAUGUGAUUGCCACCCAGUUGGAGCAGCAGGGAAGACAUGUAACCAGACGACAGGCCAAUGCCCCUGCAAGGAUGGAGUGACAGGAAUCACCUGUAACCGCUGUGCCAAGGGCUACCAGCAGAGCCGCUCUCCCAUCGCUCCCUGUAUUAAGAUCCCAGUUGCAUCUCCGACAGCAACUUACAGCAGCUACGAGGAGCCGUCAGAUUGUGAAUCUCACUGUAAAGCCUCCAAGGGAAAGAUGAAGAUCACCAUGAAGAAGUACUGUAAAAAAGACUAUGCUGUCCAGGUGCACGUUCUAAAAGGAGACAAGGCGGGCGAGUGGUGGAAGUUCACUGUCAACAUCAUCUCAGUCUACAAACAAGGUGAGCACCGCAUCCGCCGCGGGGACCAGCUGCUGUGGGUACGCGCAAAGGACGUGGCCUGCAAAUGCCCCAAGAUCAAGCCCGGGAGAAAGUACCUGCUCCUGGGCACAGACGACGAUUCCCCUGGGCAGAGCGGCGUGGUGGCGGACAAGGGAAGCCUGCUCAUCCCUUGGAAGGACCUGUGGGGCCGCCGGCUGAGGAAGUUCCAACAGCGUGACAAGAGGGGAAAGUGCUAAAAGUAGCUGGCAAGGAGAGAAAAGAGAGAGAUUGAGGGAGAGGUGGAGGCAAAAUAACGCCUCUACUGGGAUGAAUGCAAGGAAGAGGAGAGGAUGGAUGAAUAAAAAAUAAAUAAACUGGAAGAAUAAAAGAUAGAGAGACACAGGUGAAAAGUAGGCGGGAUGGGGGAAUGACUGAGUGCUGCUGCUCUGAGUUGGAGCGAAGAGAUUAGUGUUUUUUAGGAACUUUUGUGAAGGAGCUCAUUCUACAGUUGUUCUAUUUCUGUUCGUCUUUUGAGGUUUGUUUUGUCGUGUAAUUGCAGAGUUUGCACCUAAUGUUACAGAUAUGUCACAUCCUGACUAUUCUACCCGUGAUGCUGUUGUUUUUUAAAGUCCCUUGUUCAGUUGUUUUAAAGAGCAAUGCAUCUACUGUAUCACCCCUGUGUCUUCAGAGGAUCUAUUUCCCCUGCUAACUGUGUCCAGCUAAAAGAAGAGUUACUGCAGGACUCCACUCAUGUAUGAUAAGUUGCUCUUGCAACCUGCCAAACUUUGCAGAAACUUUUUUCAACAGCUGAGAGUGAAAAAUUGUGAAGUUGUUUAUAACUGUGGUUAGAGUUCCAUUUUGCCUGAGAGCUCCCUGCUCAUAUGUGAGUGUUACCUCAGUGUUGUGGGAACAAAAUGCCAUAAUGAUCCUCUCCUCAUUCUGUAUAAUGAUCUCAUUACAUGCAAGUCUUUGCUCAGCGCUUAUCAAUAUAUCAACAGUAUGUUGUGGUUGUGACCUCUGCAAUGUAAAGUAACCAUACGUGCAUACAUUAUUUUUAGUAGAUGGUGCCGCAGCAUCAACUAGAUGUAGAGUAGACAUGUCAACCAUGCACUUAUUUUUACUAGUCAGAAGUUUUAGAACAUAUGAGAUAUGUUCACAGUUAUUUUUAGAGUGGCAUCCAAAAAGAAAAGAAUCCCAUACUGUACCAUAUGAGACAAAAAAAGCUGUACAGUUCAAACCUGCUUUCCUCACGCCUGACUGCUCUGUAUGGGCGAAUCUGACAGUAGCAGCUCUGUUCAAAUAUGUCACAACUACAGAUGAGUCAGAACUUAGUGUUUAUUCUCCAAUAAAGGACUAAAUGUAAGUUGGAUGUCUCAAACAUUUGCAAGUGAGAGCACUGAUGCAUUCUCACUUCAUUUUAAAAAAAAAGAGAAUAUCAACCUAUCAAACAAACCUCAUACCACUGACAUACUGCAUGCUCACUAUUUACUGUAGCUGAUAAUGAUUGUGAAUUAUGUACACAGUUAAUUUGUAUACAGUAUUAAGUGUUGUGGGAAAAUAACCUGUGGAGUGAUAAAAUAUCACGUUUUAUUGUGGAGUGCGUUGAGCACCCUGUGUGUCAAAUGUUCGUCACCUCAAAGCCACUUUUUGAGGACUGGAUUUCAUUAUCAAGAUUUGGUACUCGACAAAAAGGCAUGACCGAUUGUCUACAUGUUAUAUAGCUGUAUAGUAUUACUUUAUUUAGUUUUGUUAAACAUUAACUAGAUCUAUCUCCAUGUAAAUUUAACCAGAGUUUUAAAUACUAGAGGCUUAAUAAAUGGAAAGACAAAUAAAUGAAUGUCAGACAAACUUCAUGUUUACCUGAGUAUGUCACACACUCUCACACACUGAGAGACUUUGAGUUUACACAUACACAAAAACAUAGAGCACACUAACACAUAUGUAGGGCCACAUCUAAUACAGACACAUGCAACACACACACUCACACAGAUACACAGGUACAUCUCAGUACUCUGUGCAUCACACUGUAUCUCUCUGAAAUUUACAACGUGCUAGUGAAGUCUCUGCCAACACAUCUGUACCGACACAUUUCAACUUGUUUUGCAGGCAUUUGCAACAAGGUACUCCCUACCAGACCCCUGCUCUCCAUAAAUAUUAUAUCUGAAUAAUUAUCUUCUCAUGUUUAUACAUUGGCUUGUAAAUGUUGUUUAGCAGUGUCCAUUGCAAAUGGUUGUGUAAUGUCUUGUAAUACUAAUAUAUUAUGUUUAUCACAAAUGAAUAUAUUUAAUGACACAUGAAACGAUGUGGCUUUUGUGGUUUUUAUUUUUUGACCUUUUCUUUUUUACUUUUUGCAUUGAAUUGUAGAUGGCUGUAAUGAAAAGUAUUGAUACGUGUUUGGCUAUUGAACAGCCUGAUAGAACUGAAAAUUAAUUCAUCUGAAAUAAACUGUGUCAAAACAAAAUGAG